CUGCCUCAGCGCUGGCGCAUGCGCGGGCGGCUCUCCUUGCCGCUGCGCCGAGGGCGAGCGCAGGCCUCAAGGAGAGGGACGGUCGCCGCUUUUGCUGUUGCCGCCAUGUUCCUGUACGCUCCCCUCCGGGCCGCUGCGGCACGCUCGAUAGGACAAAUCCGACACUUGCAUAGAACAGCUGUGUGCAAUGCUAGUGGAGCCUUAUUUGUGCACAGAGACAGUCCUGAAAAUAAUCCAGAUACUCCAUUUGAGUUCACACCUGAAAACCAGAAGCGAAUAGAAGCAAUCAUAAACAACUAUCCAGGAGGACACAAAUCUGCAGCUGUGAUGGCAGUACUAGAUCUGGCCCAAAGACAGCAUGGAUGGUUACCCAUAUCAGCUAUGAACAAGGUUGCUGAAGUUCUAGAAAUGCCUCCCAUGAGAGUGUAUGAAGUAGCAACCUUCUAUACAAUGUAUAAUCGUAAACCUGUUGGGAAAUACCAUAUUCAGGUCUGCACUACCACACCUUGCAUGCUGAGAGACUCUGAUAGUAUUUUAGAAGCCAUUAAGAAGAAACUUGGUAUAAAAGUUGGGGAAACAACACCUGAUAAACUCUUCACACUGAUAGAAGUGGAAUGUUUAGGUGCUUGUGUAAAUGCCCCAAUGGUACAAAUAAAUGACAAUUAUUAUGAAGAUUUGACACCCAAAGAUAUUGAAGACAUAAUUGACGAACUAAAGGCUGGCAGAGUUCCCAAACCUGGUCCAAGGAGUGGACGUUUUUCUUGUGAGCCAGCUGGUGGCCUGACUUCUCUGACUGAACCACCCAAAGGACCAGGGUUUGGAGUUCGAGCUGACCUCUAAAGAUUUUUUUAAUAUAUGAUGAGCUCUUGAAAAUAAUAAAGUAACUUUAAUCUCAGUAAAAUGAUUUAUGUUUACUACUUUAAAAAAUUUGAAGCAAGUAACAGGAAUUGGAAUGUCUCUAACUCAUCAUGGUCUUAACUACUGUAGAGGAUAAUCAUCAUUAGUUCCAGAUUAUAAAAAAAGUGGUUCUGUAGACUGUAAAGUGACUCACUCAGAGUCUAUUUAUAAACAUCAAUAGGUCAAAAGAUGUUAACUCCAGUAACAAUUCUCUGAAAUUUUACUAAGUAAAGGUUCUUUGAAGAAGGAACAAAACUGAUCAAACUGAAGGCUUGGCAAAUGCACAAGCAAACAAAAACUACAAAUGGCUUCUCUAACAAAAAUUGCGUGGUACUUUUAAUUUCAAUAGAAGCUAUGUAAUGGGAAAGGUGCUCCAAGGUGUGUUCUGUAAAAAUCUGGUAGGUUCAGUAAGACAUAGUUCUUACUGAAGUCUAAUUUUUCUAAUUCAGUGGCCAGGAAAAACUUGAAAACGAUCUUUUUACCAUGUUACAAGAAAUAAAGGAACAGUAAUAAUCUACUAAAAGAAUGAACGACGAGUAUGCCACUUCUGUACAAAUUUAUUCAACACAGACAAAGCAUAUAGUUGGAGUAAGAUGUAAUACAACAAAACAGCUUAACACAAUGUAAGAUUAUGAAGGUAGCUUUUUGAUCCACAGGUCCUUUUUUGACCUUACUGCUGUUUAUCAGCAACUUUCAAGAACUAAUCUAGAAGUAGGCAAUGAAGGUAUUUCUUCUGAUUAAAAAAAAAAAAAAUUGAUUGCAUAUUAAUACUGAAUACGUAUGUGCUUGUAAAAUCAAGCAAAUGACUCAUUUUUAAUGUGUAUUUCAAAGUAAUUUAAAAUGUUUAGGAAUGUGAAUAUUUUUAUCAACUGAAACCAUAUCGAAAUCCUGGGAAAUCUGUGUGCCAUGAAAGUACACUCUUCUUAUAAAUUAACUCCAUCAAUCACAUUAAUUGUAUUUUUACUGUAUUUAUCCUCUUUAGUUUUGAUACUCUGACUAACAGUAGCUUUCCCAAACUGUUCUCCCUCUUCUGAAUCAAAUUUUGUAUUAAUUUCUCUGCAUAAUGUUUAUCUCAUAUUGUCCUUUCAAGUCCCACCUUUCUUUCAACAGGCUCUGUGAAAUUUCUUGGUAGUGUUGCUGUUGGUAUUUUGAGAGCAAGAUAUGUAUAUAAUUUUAUAUAAAAACUUGCUACUCCUUGUACGUUACUAGGUUUAUAAAAUGAAAUGAAUUUCAAACAAAUGGGAAAAUGAAUUUUAUAAAUACAAAUGCAAGUCAUGGGUGAAGCAGCCACCUAAUAAGCACUAAAAUUAAUAAGCAUUUAAAAAUCUUGUACAUAAAUGAUAUACUGUGCCUAUGAGAAACUAAUACAUGAAUCAAAAGAUUAUCUGUAAUUUAAAGUUGCUGAAUACCCUUCUGAAAGGUUACGCUAAUGUUUCAAAUAGCUAUGUUCCUGUAGCAGGCCAGACAUUCCUGCAGUACUUCUGGAGGCACUAUGUGAUCUGACACUCAUUUCCCUAGCAUAAAAUGAGGAGAUAGCCAGCAUCAUGUUUUCAUGCAAAGAAACGCAGGAUAUAACAUACCAGCUUGUAACUAAACUGUUUGCUGUACUUUAGUAACAAAACUGUAUUCCAGUUCAUAUAGAAAAGAAUUACCUUAUUCCAAACCUAGCAUGAGAGUAGGCAAGUUUUUAAUGUAUACUUUGAAUAUAAAUGAGGAUUUUUUUAAUGCAUUAAGGAACUAUAAAGUGCUACAACUACUAUUCAUGUUCUCGCAUGUAACUGAAACUGAGUGCACAACUGUAUUUAAGGGAGACACAGUUUUAGAACUGCUUACUUUGCUACCUACAGAGUUUGAAACAAAGCUCUAGAAUGCCAUACUCCUACCAUUCUUAAAGCUGGACUAGACAAUUUGCUGUGUUAUCCCGCUUCUCUCCUUCCCCCAUUAAUUGGCAUCUUUAUAUGAAAAUCUUUAGUAGUUUUUUGUUUGUUAGACAUCAUGUAAAUGGUGUUGUGCACACAUACUUUGCAUUUUACCAUUAUUUUGAUGUAAUACCUAACAGGAUAACUCUGCAAAUGAUUGGAAAAUGGUAAUUUAUUUACGUUCCUUCCUUAUUGCCUGAUAGAUAUCUGAUAUAUCACUAUCAAAAUGGAAUAUUGUAGGGGAGCUGCAGGACUAUAAAAUAUUUGGAGAGAAAUAAGCAAGUAACUACUACCUUUCUUUCAUCAUAGCCAACUCAGUUAUGAGUCUCCAUGGCCCACAAGGGAUUUUAAAGACUUGCCAUGGUUUCUGUAUCAAAAAAAGAAGUAAUCAUUGUGUUAAGAUAAAUGAUUAAAGAUAAAUUCACACAUCUGA